AUUUUGAAUAAUGUAAUAAAAUCUUCUCAUCUUCUUUAUUGUUACACGCAAAAACAGCUCACUCUUGACUUCGAAAGUUGAAACUCCGCUGAAUCCCGAGAAUCACGAGGGGAGCGAUUGAAAAAAAAAAGGAAUGGGUGAUGAACAAGAUGCUUUUUAUAUUGUACGGAAAGGGGAUAAUGUUGGGGUGUAUAAGAACAUAAAUGAUCUUCAAUCUCUUCUUCGCGAUUCCGUGAAUGAUCCUUCCGUAAGUGUUUUUAAGGGUUACGGUUUGUCUAAAGAAGCAGAGGAAUACCUUUCGUCUCGCGGAUUAAAAAAUGCUAUUUAUUCAAUUGAUGCUCGAGUCGUGCAAGACGAUCUCUUUGGCCAGCUCAUUGUUUGUCCUCUUCGGCAACCAAAUUCCUCGAAUAAAUCAUCUGGCAAAAGUCCUUUAGAAAAGAGGCCACAGGAUGUAGUUGGAUCAGCUUCGUUUUCCGCAAACCCUCAAUUAAAAAAUGCCAAAUUAGAUAAUUUCCUACAAGGCCUACCAAUUUCUUCUUACCGCAGUUCGUGUAUUAUUGAAUUUGAUGGUGCUUCAAAGGGAAACCCUGGACCAUCUGGUGCAGGGGCUAUUCUACGAGCUGGAGAUGGAAGCGUGGUAUUUCGACUGCGUGAAGGUGUGGGAUUUGCAACUAAUAAUGUAGCGGAAUAUCGAGGUGCGAUUUUAGGCUUAAAUUAUGCUCUUCAAAAAGGGUUCAAGUAUAUACGUAUUCAAGGCGAUUCUAAACUUGUCUGCAUGCAGGUUCAGGGUAUAUGGAAAACGAAAACUCAGAAUAUGGCUGAGUUGUGUAAAGUGGCUAAAGAGCUCAAAGAACAGUUUAUCUUAUUCCAGAUCUGUCAUAUCGGUCGAGAGUUCAACACCGAAGCUGAUGCCCAAGCGAACCUAGGAGUACAUCUAAAGAGUGGUGAAAUUCAAGUUGAAUGUGACUUGAAAUGAAUGAAGUGCUCGAAGAAGAAUGGAUUAGUUCACGAGAUUUUGCAGUUGAAUCGAUUUGGUACUACUUUUGUCUGUACAAAUAUGUAUGUUUUAGAAUGUAGAUAAAUUAUAUGAGGAGGGGGUGUUGUUUCUGAAUUAAACUGCUUUGGUGAAAGUGGAUUUUUUAAAGCUAAUCAGACAUAUUACUACUAGUAUAACCCGCUUCUUGGAUCCGGAUUGCGACGCGUAUUCACGGGCCAGAUACCUAUUUCAAGAAGAGUCAUGAACGUUACGUGUUAGAUUAUUUCCGAUUGUAGAAGAGUCAUGAAUGUUUCAACUAAUUGUUCAAGUAAAAUCUUUGAUCUGUAAUACAAGAAAAAGGUGAAUCCGGACUUAGGCUGGGGUCAGCAUUUCGACGGCAAAGUCAGUAUUUUUCCGAUGAUGGUUAGGAAUUAAGUAAUAAUAAUGCGUGCUCUUACCUUGUAUAGAAAAGACGUCAAAUACUUGAUAUGGGAGAGUUGGAGUUCA